AUGAACGUUGACAGUAUAAUUAACUGGGUUCUAGUACCACUGCUGCGGUUUCCUCUAGUAUUUUUUGCCUUUAUUUCACAUUUGUAUAGUCUGAAUUACCCCAAAGUAUAUGUUGCAUUAUUAAUAUAUACGGUGAUUGUGAACUCUGUCAUUAAAAUUAAUGAAAUAUCCAAAUUACGGGGUCCAUGGAUGCCUCUUGAAGACUUUCCAGAUGCAAAGUGUGUUUUGACUGGGGGUGCUCAGGGGUUGGGAUACGAUAUUGUGCAAACACUACUUGAACGGUUCCCCAAAAUGGAAGUGAUCGUUAUUGAUAUUGUUGAUCCUAAAAUUAACAAUGAAAGGGUACAUUACCAUUAUGCUGAUUUGUCGCAAGCUAAAGAUGUGGAUAUUGCGGUGGACACCAUUUCUGACAAGUAUGGGGACGUUGAUCUUUUGAUUAACUGUGCAGGUAUGAGGUCGAAAUAUGAGGGGUUCCUCUCGACCAAUAUACAUGACAUUACUAAGGUAUUCCAGGUGAAUGUUUUUGCACCAGUGAGGUUCAUCCAACGAUUGGCACCUAAAGAAUCAAAGCGGCAGUUUUACGCUGUGACGAUUGGUAGUGCGUUGGGAAUUGUUGCACCUGCAAGAAUUAGCACUUAUGCUUCAACAAAAUCGGCACUUAUCGCCUUCCAUGAUUCUUGGUCUUAUGAACUCACAAACAAAGGCAUUAAUAACAUAAGGACGUUGUUAGUUCUACCAGGGCAAAUGAACACGAAGAUGUUUAAUGGUUUUCAGCCCCCGAAGCAAUUCUUUGCCCCUGUGGUUGAAAGCGAAAGACUAGCCAAGGACAUAGCUGCCUAUUGUAAUAUUGGGAUGAGAGGUCAACUAUGUACACCAUUAUAUGUCAAUUUUAUGCAUAUUCUAGCUGGUAUGCCCCAAAUAAUCAUGGAACUUGUUCGUUCGUUUUCUGAAAUGGACGCCUGCUUACCAGAUGAAAGGUAA